AUUGAACAAAUGCACCAGUCAAACCUAAUUACUGAGGACCCGUACACGUGGCGAGUCGUUAGUUACCGGUACAAAUUCUUCUAACUCCACCUACCCCCAACGCCACCCCAUUCAGCAGGCAGCUGGCAUAGCCCGCCGCCGCCAAAAAGCCCACUACUGUAUCGGAGUUUUGCGUGCAUUUGCUUGCUCAAACCUGAGCAACCAUGGCUGCUUUGUGUGGCAAUAGUAUUUGGACUCCUCAAGCUCGAAAUUGUUUUCAGCGGGGAAUAACUAGUUUUAAUUCGUUAAAGUUUUUACCUUUUCAAGUUAAUCGUUGUAAGAGAUUGUGGAGUAGGUCAUUGAAGUGCAGGGUUUUGGGGGAAACGGACGAUGUGGGUUUUGAAGUGAGUAGUGCCAUAAAAGACGAUCUAUUUGUUGGGUUUUUCAGAGAAGCAUGGCCUUACUUUCUUGCACAUCGAGGAAGCACGUUUGUUGUUUUAAUCUCAGCUGAAAUUGUUGAUAGCCCUCAUUUGGAUCAUCUUCUCAUGGAUAUCUCCCUCCUUCAUGGUCUGGGAAUCAAAUUUGUUCUUGUACCAGGAACUCAUGUUCAGAUUGACCGGCUUCUGACUGAAAGGGGAAGUGAGGCCAAGUAUGUAGGCCGCUACAGAAUUACAGACCCUGAUUCACUCGAGGCAGCUAUGGAUACAUCUGGAAGAAUUCGUCUCAUGAUAGAGGCGAAGUUGUCACCUGGCCCUUCAUUGACUGGUGUCCGCCGACAUGGAGAUAAUAGUCGCUGGCAUGAUAGUGUUGGUGUUGCCAGUGGUAAUUUUCUAUCAGCGAAGAAAAGAGGAGUUGUCGAAGGAAUUGAUUAUGCUUCAACUGGUGAAGUAAAGAAGGUAGAUGUUUCUCGAAUUCGCGAGAGGCUUGAUCAGGAUUCCAUAGUGCUAUUGAGCAAUCUUGGUUAUUCCAGCUCUGGAGAAGUAUUAAACUGCAACACAUAUGAGGUUGCAACAGCUUGUGCCUUGGCUCUAGGAGCAGAAAAACUAAUUUGUAUCAUAGACGGCCCAAUUCUUGAUGAGUCUAGCCGUCUCAUUCGUUUCUUAACUCUUCAAGAUGCUGAUAUGCUGGUCCGCAGACGAGCUGAGCAAAGUGAGACUGCUGCUAAUUAUGUAAAAGCUGUUAGUCAGGAGGACUUCAAUCGUUUAGGUUACCAUGGUUCCAAUGGAUCGCUCCCUUCCCAAAAUGGUGAUGUUUAUAGCCAAAGAUACAAUCCCACAUUUCAGAAUGGCAUUGGUUUUGACAAUGGAAAUGGGCUUUGGUCUAGUGAACAAGGUUUUGCAAUUGGAGGACAAGAGAAACUAAGCCGAUCAAAUGGUUACCUCUCAGAAUUAGCUGCUGCUGCUUUUGUUUGCCGAGGAGGUGUUCAAAGAGUGCACCUGCUGGAUGGCACUAUUGGUGGAGUUUUACUAAAGGAAUUGUUCCAAAGAGAUGGAGUUGGGACAAUGGUUGCUAGCGAUCUUUAUGAAGGAGCACGGAUGGCCAGGGUGUCAGAUGUUCCUGGAAUAAAGCAGUUGUUACAACCGCUAGAAGAGUCUGGAACAUUGAUCAGAAGGACUGAGGAAGAGCUGGUGAAAGCACUGCACUCAUUCAUUAUUGUGGAGAGAGAGGGCCAUAUUAUAGCAUGUGCAGCUCUCUUUCCUUACUUUGAAGAAAAAUGUGGGGAGGUUGCUGCUAUUGCUGUUUCUCCUGAUUGUCGUGGCCAAGGACAGGGAGACAAGUUACUCGAUUAUAUUGAAAAGAAAGCAUCUUCCCUUGGAUUGCAAAUGCUCUUCCUACUAACAACUCGCACAGCUGAUUGGUUUGUGAGGCGUGGGUUUUCCGAAUGUUCCAUUGAUCAUAUACCAGAGGAAAGAAGGAAAAAGAUCAAUCUUGCCCGUAGAUCAAAGUAUUACAUGAAGAAGCUGCUACCCGAUAAAAGUGGUAUACGUAUCGAUUGCACCUUUGCAUAGGAAUCAAAGGUUUUUCAUCUGUCUGUGUACAAGCUCAUAUUUAGUGAAGUAGAAAAUCAACCAAUUGUUCCUGACAACUCAAGUCAUUAUAUAAGGGGGAGAUUGAUCUUUGUUGUUACUGCCUGCUAUUUUCUUUUGCGCGGUAGGUUUGGAAGAGAACUUUGAUUACGAUGUAUGCUUAAAUCUACGUCAAUUAACGGAUCUUUUCUUUUGUGGGUUCUUGGUCUAAAUGUUUUGAAAUAAUGAGGAGAAAUUCUUGAUAGAA